AUGAGUAGUACACAAUUUGAGCCAAUACAGUUCUCGGCCGAAGAGCAGCAAAAACAGGACAACGAAGCCAGAGAGCUUGUGUCUCAUUUACUUGAGCUGACAGAAAGUGUACAUGAUGCAAAGAUAAACCACAUACGAAAAAUAGAAAAUGUUAUUUGUGGAACAGAUAUACCCAUUCUCAGUUGGAGAUUCAGUGAGUGGGAUUAUUACAGCAAGAAAAUUGAACUGCCAACACAGGCAAGAGGUUUGUUCACCACCAAAGAGGGCGUUAUCAUUUGUCGAGGAUAUGACAAGUUCUUUAACUUUGAAGAACUCUCUUCUGUAAAGGAAGAGGAGUUGCGGAACAACACCAAGGGGCCAUACACAGUGACAGUGAAGAGUAACGGAUGUAUUGUUUUUAUUUCCGGUUUAGCAAAUGGAAAACUGGUCGUGUGCUCUAAACAUUCAACAGGCACAAGAACAGACCUUUCAAGAAAUCACGCAAUGGUGGCUCAAGAAGCUUUGGAAGUACAACUGAAAAAAUAUGGUAAAUCACUGGAAGAUUUGGGUAAGUUGUUACACAAAUAUAGAAUAACUGCCGUUUGUGAAUAUUGUGAUGAUCGGUUCGAAGAACAUGUUCUUGAAUACAAAGAGAACAAGGCAGGCCUAUAUUUACAUGGCUUGAAUAUGAACACCGUUGAAUUCAAAACUUAUCCCAUGGAAAAAGUUCAACAAUUUGCUGAAAUGUUUGGAUUCAGGGAAACAAAGUUUAGAAAGCUUGAUACCUUCGACCAAACCUUGCAGUUUUUGAAAGACUCAAACAAAACGGGAAAAUUUGAAGGUGAGGAGAUUGAAGGAUUUGUUGUACGUUGUUCUAAGAUGGUUGAUGAGAAAGCCAACGAUUUUUUCUUCAAGUAUAAGUUUGAAGAACCAUAUCUAUUAUACAGGGAACUGCGUGAAAUUACAAAACAAUUUAUAACACAAGGUCCAGAAAACUUGAAAUUUGGGAAACAUAAGCUAAUUUGUAUGGAUUACAUGAAAUACAUCAUGCCUUAUCUGGUAACAAAUGAGAAGUUAAAACAAGAGUAUUUGGAGAAUAAAGGUAUUAUUGAGCUACGCAAGAGAUAUUUUGAAAGCAAAAAUACAACCAGUAUGCAAUUAAUAAAUGAUGAAUUGGACAUGAUUGACCUCGAGGAGGAAAUGAAAAAGCUUAAAUUUGGUAAAUCGAAACCAAACAGAUACGUUUUGGUCACGUUGUCUACAAUAGGUUGCGGUAAGACUACGACUUCUGUAGGAGUAUCCAAUUUAUUUCCUGAAAUAAUUGAACAUAUUCAGAAUGACAAUAUUCAAUCUCCUGGAAAAGAUAAGUUAGUACUCGCUGCAUUGGAAGUUUUGAGCAGAAAACCUGUGGUUAUUAUGGAUAAAAAUAAUCACAAAACUGUUGAGCGGAAACAAAUUUUUGACGGAUUCCAAAGGCUAAACAAUACUAUUCCCAAAUCAAAGUUGAAAUUCAUCUGUCUAAAUUUCAUUCAAAGACCUCCUAAAGGUGAUAAAGAUUUGUGGGACUUAACUAGAGAGAGAGUUUAUAACAGGGGUGAUUCUCACCAAUCGAUUAAGGUAGAAAAAGAUGGAAUUGGAAAUGCUGAAAAAAUCAUGAGAGGAUUCAUUAGUAGAUUCCAACCGCUCAACACGACCACUGAACCAGAUUGUAAUUUUGACUACAUUAUUGACUUGGAUGUUCAUCAAGAUAAUUCUAGUUUGCAAAACAUGAAAAAAAUCGUGACAGCCCUACAAAGCUGUACUGAGGAUUUAGAUCUCAAAACUCCAACUGAAGCCGAUUAUGUUAAAGCUUUUGAGAAAGCCAAGCUUUACAAACCAACCUUUUCUAAGAAGAUUAGUGCAACAAAGAGAAAACCGGUCUAUUUUGCUAUUGAUGUUCCCCAAAAGGAGAUUAUCAUGAAUUUGAUGAAUACAUUCAACAUUGAUUUUUUUAACAGAUUAGUUAAGGGUAGAAGAGUCCAGCAAGAUUUCCACGUAACCUUAGUCCAUUCCGCAAUGAGAAAGCAAAAUGAUACAAAAAAGGAAUUUUGGGAUACUUACAGUAACAUAUUUAAGUCUGAUAUUUCGAGGUUUGCAGAUACCAAAACAGACAUACCUCAAAACAAAAGAUGUUUUUUGUCAGGAGAGUACAGUGCAGAUAUUCAAUUAGAGAAGGUAGUCUGGGACUCGAAAGCAAUGUGUAUACAAGUUAAGAUUUUAGGCUUUCAGCUGAAAGAUGAGCCAAUAAAACUUCCAUGUGGUAUCGACUUUUCACAUCUAACAAUCGGGACUAUUGAUAAAAAUUUUCCACCAGUUCUUUCUGGAGUCAUGCUCAAACAUUUGUAUGGUGAUGAAAAAGAGGUGAGCAAGAUACAAGAGAUCAAGUUAUCUGAAGAGAUAGUUCUUACCCGGUUACCGUUGUACGUAUUCAUGAAUUGA